AUGGCCAGAUUCAGAGACUACAAGCUCGCUCGGAACAGGGACAACGGAGGGCCCACGAUGCUGGUGAGGAUGCUGGUCGUGCUGUGCGUUGUGAGCAGCAUGGCCCUCGUCUUGCAACUCAACCUGGCCAAUCAACAGAGCUUCAUGCUCAGGAACAUCAAGGGAUUCGAGGAGCCCCGCGGGUGGACGCCUUCGCCUGCGCCCUCCACGUGCCGCCCGCGCCGCCACCUCGUCUUCCUCAAAACCCACAAGUGCGGCUCCUCCACCAUCCAGAACAUCCUCUUCCGCUACGCCUUCCACAACAACCUGUCGGUGGCGCUGCCGUACUCGGGCGUCUACCUGGACAACACCCUCGAGGGCCAGAGUCUGAAGGUGAAGGAGCUGCGGGACUCGCCCUUCGCGCCGCCGUCGGGCAAGUACCACUUCCUCAUCCACCACACGCGCCUCAACGUCAGGGCCAUCCAGCAGCUUACGUACGACGACUCCCUCUGGAUCACGAUCGUGCGGGAGCCCUCGGCCGUGUUCGAAUCCAUGUUUCAUUACUACCGUCUGCACAAGUUCUACGGCGCGACGUUCGAUCACUUGCUCUGGAAGCUGGAAGGCGGGUUUUCGUCACGCUUCAAGUUGAACAAUAGGUAUAUGGGUCGCCUCGGAAGGAACCAAAUGACGUGGGACAUGGGCCUCGACGACCAGGACCUUCGGCAGGAGGCGGUUCUGAAGGAGGCCCUGAAGCUCCUCGACCACACGUUCCAUUUGGUUAUGCUGGCCGAGCGCAUGGACGAGUCCCUGGUCCUCCUGAAGCACCUCCUCUGCUGGAGUGACGAGGACGUCCUGGUCAUGUCGAGGAACGUGAGGAAGGACCGCUACCGAAGUUACCUCAGCGAGCAGUCGGUCGCGACUCUCGAGCACUUCAACUCCAUGGACGUCAAGUUCUACUCCUUCUUCAGGGACAGGUUCGACAAGCAGGUGGAGGCCUUCGGGCGGAGUCGCAUGGAGGAGGAGGUGGUCAGCCUCCGCGAGUACAGGGACAAGAUGUGGCGUGACUGUGGCAUGAAGGAGGCUCAGCCAAAGAAGCAGGGUUCAGGCUCAGAGAAGGAGCAACAGUAUGUAGUACAGUACCAAGUCCAAAGCAAUGGGUCAAUGAGACAUCGACGCUUCUGCAAAGACCUGGUCCGGACUGGUGUGGAGUUCACGCAGAUUCUCCGUUGGAAACAAUACAGCCGAUACCAUCGUGCCGUCAACAACCCCUGGAAUAUCAGCUGGUCUCCCAAGUUUAACAAGAAGCCCCGAAGGUCUCCGAAGAAAAUUCCCCUAAUCUCUAAGAAGAACAUCCAGAAGGAACGCCAUUCCCAGCACCAUGCUAGGUAGUGUUGAGGCGCAAAGGGAAAGAGAUUUCAAAAGGAUAAAUUUACAUAAACAGGUCUUCCUUUUUUCCUUUCUAUUCAUGCAGGGCUGUCUGCUUCAUCCUUGUUUUGUUAUCUCUUGUUAACACCUAAACUUGCAUUCUGUAUGGUUUAAUUCAGUGAAUACAUACUGAAAUGUUACUCGGGAUUACAACUAUCAAGAUAUCCAUUUUUCUUUUUCCAUAAUUAAGCUCUUUACUAGUAAUGCUCAUACUAUUCCUAUUUACUCCUAUGUAUUUCAAAUUUCAAAUAUAACACAGACUGUAAUAAGAAAGAGUACAAGCUCUUUAACGAACAUUACCAGAUAGGCUGAUGUACUAAAUAAAAUAAAUGUUGAUUCUCAAGAAAGGCUGUGUACAGCUCCUUAUGGCUUGUGUGAGCUGUGAUCUGUGUGUGCAGAGUGAUGCCGUAAAGGUGCU